AUGGGAGGAGGCGCUGGAGCUGUCGGAAUUGCUUUCGUGGGAGCCGAACAAGGACCAGGGCAGCAGCGCUGGACUCUCCGCCGGAAUGCGGAAUCACAAGAUUUCUGCGCCAGAGACGGAUGCAUCCCCGACAACCGCGAUCCUUACGGCAACAUUGUCGUUCCCGAAAGUAAAAUCCACAAUGACGCCAGUGUCGAUGUUUCAGCUGACGGCCGGUUCCUCGUUACGCUCGUCCCUUGCACUUCACUCACUGGAGCUCUCAUUAGUCUGCAUAGUUUAGAACCGUCUCGGUUGGGUUUGUGCCUUGCACAAGUCAAUGUCGACCAGUUUGUCGUGUCCGUCAGCAUUUCACCAACUUGUCGCCAUCUUCUGCUGGGCUUGGCAAGUUCCCGCGCCCUGUCUGUGGCCAGUCGUGAUCAUGCUCUUCCAACACUCUGGGCCCAGGUGUAUCAGAUUCCUACCAAAGUCUUUCAAGCUCAGAGAAACAAUCCGUCAACUACGGCUGCUAAUGCUGCAACUGCUGCUGGCCUAAAUAGUGUCGGCGACCUUCCGGCUGACCAAAUGCAUCCGCUGUUAGAAAAGAAGCAGAGCAUUCCACCGCCACAAGGCAGUUUGCUCCACGUACGUGAUUUAAGUCAAACGACUGACGUUGGAUUGACAAGUCUCAAUUGCAUUCGCUGGAUUCCUACUGCUGGACAGGGAUUUGUAUUGGGAACCAAUAAAGGUCAUCUCAAGGUGAUUGAUUGAAAUUCUGUUGGGAUUUUUAUUCGUUUUUUUUUCUUUAUUUUUUCAUGUGUA